CACUCUGCGUUCGAAGUUUCCAAGUGCGCCACUGUGGUGCGCCAUUGUUGUUCUGAGUUCUGAGUGACAGAGGUGACGCCGUUGUAUAAAUUUGGUAUUUUUGUAGAAAAAUAAUUUUGAAAUUAAAAUGGUUGACAAAAUCGAAAUGAGCCUUGAUGACAUUAUAAAAUCAAGUAAAUCUCAACGAGGACGAGGAGGUGGUGGCGGUGGAAGACGCGGAGGAAGAAGUCGUGGUGGUGGUGGUGGUCCACGCCGAGGAAAUUUUAGAAAUUCAGGUCCUGGUCGCCAAAGUGGUGGAAGUGUGCAAAGAGGUCGUGGGCGAGGUGGAAUUUCUCGAAAUUACACGCGGGGAGAUGUGAACAGUGCAUGGAAGCAUGACCUUUUUGAGGGUUACGGCGCCCGAAAGGUUGUUGCAGCGGCUAGAGCUACAGUACAAGCUACUAUGGGUCCUACAAAACUCAUGGUUUCUAACUUAGAUUUUGGAGUAUCUGAUUCUGACAUUCAGGAAUUAUUUGCUGAAUUUGGCCCACUUAAAAGUGCCGCAGUUCACUAUGAUAGAUCAGGUAGAUCUCUUGGAACAGCAGAUGUUAUUUUUGAAAGGAGAAGCGAUGCUAUCAAAGCUAUGAAGCAAUAUAAUGGAGUUCCACUAGAUGGAAGAGCUAUGAACAUUCAACUUACUACAUCAGAAAUUCCUAGUCCUGUAAGAAGAAGUAUUGCCAGUGGUGGCGGAGGAGGAGGUGGAGAAAGGAGGUUCCAAAAUAGGAGUCCUAGGGGUGGAAAUAAAGGACGACCUGUUAGAGGUCGAGGUGGGCGAAAUCCUCGAGGACAAGGACCAAGGAAACAGCCGACUGCAGAAGAGCUAGACGCAGAAUUAGAUGCUUAUACAAAGGAUAUGAAAUAGUUUUGUUAGAUUAUCAGAUUAUGAUAAGCUGAGAACCACGUGUGAAUUUGUGUGAAACAUUUUAUGUUUUUUUUUUUAUCUCCUGAGAAUAACAGAGGUUUUGUCUGAUUUUUAAUGAUCUAACUCUGACUUAAUGUUUAGUUUUAUAACUGUAAACCCUGAUAA